CACAGCUCGAUUCGAUACUGUAUAUUUCUCGUGAUUCGUUUUUGAGUAAAGCAUAUUGUUGUAUUCAAAAAAUAUGCCGAGUGUACGGAAGGGAUAUACCGCGGUCCGAGCUUGUGAAAUGCGGGCUUGUUUUUGUAGGGCGGCGGCGGCGGCGGCGGCGGCGAGAAGAAGAAGAGGAGGCGAUGAGGUGGGAAGAGGUGGCCAAGGAGCGCGCAACGGGCAGAAGAAUCCGUCCAGGCAAGCGAUGGGGUCACACGCUCACUGCCGUCAACAAUGGCAAGCUCCUCUUUCUCUUUGGCGGCUAUGGCAAGAUCGAGACGAGCCACGUCCAUGUCUUCGAUUCUGUGACAAAGUCGUGGAGCAAGCCUUUUCUGAAGGGCACGCUGCCUGCUCCCCGCGACAGCCAUACAUGCACAGCGGUGGGAUCCAAGCUCUUUGUUUUCGGUGGCACCGAUGGCACCAGUCCGCUGGACGAGCUCUACGUUCUUGACACGACAACUUACACUUGGACAAAACCCGACACCAGUGGCGACAUACCAGCGGCGAGAGAAGGACACAGUGCUGCUCUGGUUGGCGACGACCUCUACGUGUUUGGCGGCUGCGGCAAGAAGAAACAAGGCCAGGCUCGAGAAGUCUACUAUGACGAUCUCUAUGCGCUCAGCACGACUUCAUGUGCGUGGAGGAAAGUUUUGACAUCGGGCCCUCGGCCUUGCUCAAGAGACAGCCACUCUAUGUCAUCCUUUGGAAACAAGCUCGUUCUUUUCGGAGGAGAGGAUGUGCUCAACACGUACUUGGCGGACAUCUACAUUCUCGAUGUAGGAAGCUUGGAGUGGUCCAGGCUGGAAACACGUGGCGUGAAGCCGGCUCCGAGGGCCGGUCACGCGGCCGAGCGUAUUGGCAACAACUUGAUCAUCUUUGGUGGCUUUGCGGACAAACGAACGCUUUUCGACGAUGUUUACGUUCUUGAUCUACUGAGUGGUGAGUGGCACAAGCCAGAAGUCACAGGAAACGGGCCCUCUCACCGCUUCUCUCUCGCAAGCGAUCUGAUCGAUCCGGAAAGAGGUGUCGUCGCACUUUACGGUGGAUGUAACGGGGAGCUUGAAGCGCUUCCUGAGAUGUUCUUCUUGCACACAGAUCUUGUGACUUCUACUACUUCGAAUCAGCAACAGGAAUGUGAUGGUUCACAGCAGCAACAACAAGUGCAUGAACAGCCGGAGGUGUCGUUUAAGAGGGACUUGAGAGUCAGACGGAACACAAGGCAAGCUUCUUCGUCCACUUCCUCGUCCAGCUCGUCUGAUAGCGAGCCAAGCUUGAAACGCCCAAAACUAAGCGACGGACCAGAAACAAAGAGCACUGCUCGAGCGGUCCAGAUCCCUUCUCCUUAUAGCGUCAAGCCAGUGGCCGAGAAGAUCUUCCAAGGCAAGAUCACAAGCGUUUUUCAUUACGGAUAUACGCUCGAAACCAGAAUAGAUGGCAAGCCUUUCCGUGGCGUGCUCUUCUCGUACAAACCAGGAUUCACAGAGGCCGUAGAGUCAUACUUGGCAACAGCAAAAACGAGGCCAGAGACGAAUGAAAGAGUGGAAGAUUUCCACGAGAAGCCAUCGCUACUAGGAGAGAGCGAAUCAGUAUUCUAUCCUCCUCCUCCAAUCUCUCCGCGUAAGUACAGGGAUCUACUGGGGAGUAGCAGCAAUCCUUUCUUGAAUGACCUUGCAUGGCACUCGACGUGAUUGAAUGCGUAAAAAUCAAUGUGGAUAAGUACAGUUUCCUUC